AUGUUCAUGCGGGCUCCGUUUGCCGGGUGCCUGGCGGGGCAAGAUGCCAGGAGGUUGCUGGACCAAUUGACCAUUGCGCUGCGCACUGCAGCGGGGUGCGGCUCCAUGAGGCUCGAGGAAGGUGCCGUGGACCCCCGACACACUCAAGGCUUGGCAAUCAAUCUCAGCUCUCAAGCUGAGGAGGCAGAAGCCUCCACACUCCACACUCCGCAGCGGUUCACAUCAGACGAGGAGUCCGGAGCACGGGACACGGAACGAGCGCUCCUUGAAUAUACACUCGUUCCUGAGUGCGACUUGCGCAACCAGGAGCUGGCGCCGUCGUACGGUUUCAACUCGGACGUCCGUCGCCCACUUACCGAGCGCCAAGCCUUUAUUCUCCCGAACGCUGCCGCUGUGCUGAUGUUUGGCCCCGUGGCCCAGAUCUUCUUGGUGAACAGCGAGGCUCAAAGCAGACAGCGCCGUGCCCUGGAGCUGACCGAGACAAGCAAUGCCAAGCGAGGCCACCGGCUGCGAUCACCCCAACGAGGACGGGGUGCGGAGACCUCCAAUAUGCUGACCACAGGCCGCCGUCCGCUCCGGCCGGCGGAACGAAAGCCGGGACCCAGCUGGGCGGGACCACCACUCGGCGGGGCCCGUGGCCGGCCGUGCCGCUCCACAGCCGCCGACGGCUACCUCCGGAACAUGGUGAUCACGGAGACCGGCGUGGGAUGA